CGAAAACAUUACGCUUUACGUCUGGCAACCGUACAGAUACAUGAUUUCCGGGUCCACGUUUUUUCAUCCUCACAAACACCGGUAUGACUGCAGAAUCUGCGCCGAAACCUAGUCUUAAUUGCCAGACCGUCCGUCCAGACGACAUUCUCACAGAAAUGGCUCUUAGCGAGGGAAGCGAUGAAACCAGAAUAUCGGGCUAUUCUAAUCAAUAAUAUAUCCAUAAGGCAUUUAAUCAAAGGAUGUAUGCGUUUGGUCGACUGGACGCCCAGUUGCGUCGCAAUUGGUUGGAUGAUAAUGGAUCGUUGGCCAUUAUUGCGGGGGAGUGUAGGUGGAUCAAGCUUUCCUACGUUGCAGCGCGUCUCGUUGGCAGUCUCUGCCUUAUCGCACCAUCUCUUUAUUUCCCAAAAUUUAUGACCCAAUAUCCACCGUCGACGUCUAUCUACCACGGACGGACAUCACCUUCGACUAUUUAGAGAUAUCGAAUUGUUUCGUCAAUGUGCCAUGAUGUUCAAAUUGAACGUUGAAAAGUUGCGGUAGAGAGGAUCAUUGGAGGGCUUCACUUGGGACGCCUUCAUGGAUACUCUAGUACGAACCUGUAUAUGAUAGACGAUACAAAAG